UCCGCUGCACCGGCAAAAAUGGGAGACCCUAUUCUUCCGGAUCGCAAGAGGGUAUGAGACCGAAUGCUGGCUGAGAUGUUAUAAAUGGGAAGGUUAUCCCACUGUACAGCUUGGAAAUCACAUCUGCCGGACAGACAACAGAAUCACUGAAAGAAGGAGACGACUCGAGUCUGAAACAAUCUCAUUGCAAUGCAUCAACGCGCCCUUCUCUUUUCGGCCCUGCUGACGGCCGUUCGUGCCCAGCAAGCCGGAACGCUCACGGAGGAAGUCCAUCCUUCCUUGACCUGGCAGAAGUGCACUUCUGAAGGCAGUUGCACGGAACAGAGUGGCUCGGUUGUCAUCGACUCAAACUGGCGCUGGACCCAUUCUGUCGAUGAUAGCACCAAUUGCUACACUGGAAACACCUGGGAUUCAACUCUCUGCCCUGACGAUGAAACCUGUGCGACCAACUGCGCCCUGGACGGAGCAGACUACGAGUCCACCUACGGUAUCACCACUGACGGUGAUUCAUUGACACUGAAAUUCGUCACUGGUUCCAAUGUUGGCUCGCGUGUGUAUCUCAUGGACACGAGUGACGAGAAAUACCAGACGUUCGACUUGCUUGACGCAGAGUUCACUUUCGACGUCGAUGUGUCUAACCUCCCAUGUGGAUUGAAUGGCGCGCUGUACUUCACUGCAAUGGACGCCGAUGGUGGCACCUCAAGGUACCCUGCAAACAAGGCCGGAGCCAAGUACGGAACAGGAUACUGUGACUCCCAAUGUCCGCGAGACCUAAAGUUCAUCAACGGAGAAGCCAACGUCGAUGGCUGGGAACCUUCUAGCAACAAUGACAACACAGGUAUCGGCAACCACGGUUCUUGCUGCCCUGAAAUGGAUAUCUGGGAAGCCAAUAAGAUCUCGACCGCAUUGACACCCCAUCCCUGCGACAGCAGCAGCCAGACCAUGUGUGAGGGUAACAACUGCGGUGGAACCUACUCGGAUGAUCGCUACGCAGGAACCUGCGACCCUGACGGCUGCGACUUCAACCCCUAUCGCAUGGGCAACGAAUCUUUCUACGGUGCUGGCAAGAUCGUUGACACCGGUUCCAAGAUGACCGUUGUGACCCAGUUCAUCACUGAUGGCUCCAGCUCCCUCAGCGAGAUCAAGCGUUACUACGUGCAGAACGGGAACGUUAUUGCGAACGCCGAGUCCAGCAUCUCUGGAGUGACUGGAAACUCGAUCACAACGGACUUCUGCACUGCGCAGAAAAAGGCCUUUGGCGACGACGAUGUGUUCGCUGCGCAUAAUGGGCUUGCUGGGAUCAGUGAUGCCAUGUCUUCCAUGGUUCUGAUCCUGAGCUUGUGGGAUGAUUACUAUGCCAGCAUGGAGUGGCUCGACAGUGACUAUCCCGAGAACGCUACCGCUACCGACCCAGGUGUUGCACGCGGAACAUGCGACUCGGAGUCGGGCGUCCCCGCCACAGUCGAGGGAGCGCACCCUGAUGCUUCGGUGACUUUUUCGAACAUCAAGUUCGGUCCCAUCAACUCGACCUUCAGCGCUUCCGCAUAAGCCGAAGCGCUGGGCUCAGAGCCUCAACUGCACCACCAUGCCGGACAUGACAGGACAGGUUCCUGGAAUGGGAUAUGGGAGGGUCG